AUGUCAAACGGGCUGGACCGCGUGGAUACGGGCCGAACCGCCGCGGUUUCACUUCUCUGGCGGGUCAAGCGGGUUGAACCGCUGCUGGCUGCGGUGUCAAGAUGCUCGACCCUAACCUGCACCGCUUGGUCUUGGCGGUUAUGCGGUCCAUGGGAAUUGAAAUCGGAGAGAACUUCUUUAGAUUCGUCGAUUGGAGAGCGGAUCUUCGAGCUUCUCAUGAUUAUUGGACUGAGAUCGAGCUUUGCAUUCAAGGUCUAG